UUCACCCCCCUUUGUUCCCCUGUCUUCCGCCAGCCGUCCGCCCUUCUCUCCUGCCGCCCCGGAGGGCUUCCUUCUACACGGUCUAGGGUCAUUUAAGGAGUCUGCCCCCCCCUCCCCGAAAUAAGGGGAAGUUACCGAUCGAGACUGUCCCGCUGAAGUGUGGACGGAUCGGCAGAGAGAGAAGCAGUGGGUUUCAUCCACAUCGCUUUCGUUCAUCUCUUUUGGAUGCUCUUCCAACUGCUGACUGGCUCCCUUGCACAAUGGAAGUCUAUACGAAUUGCUUAACCCCCCAGAGUCAAACAAACUCUGAUAUCUUGGGCAUUCCCAGAGGAUAGCAAUAGCCCCCGCCGGACUCUCCACCCCCCCCCAUCCCUACAGCACGUUAGAAACGUUGCCAAGCGUAUCUGUUUACAUUUAACCUCCUCUUGUAGCAAAGGAGAAGGUUUAAACAUUUUUAUUGAAGUUCACACUGUAUUAAAAUCCACACUGUAAUACCUCAUUUUUUUCUACAUUGUUUCGUAAAUACUAUUUUUGUACAGAUAUUUAUUGCUUGAACCAUCUCACCGUAGGAUUGUAACAUUCUAGUAAGUUAAGCACUAAGCUGUGAGCAAUGGCGUCUGUCACUCCUGUUUUGGCUACCGUGGCUGCCACUAUGAUGCCGUCGAUGAAUCCCCCACUCUCCAACUACCUCUGGCUUCUCAUCUUGGGCUUCGUCAUCGCCUUCAUCCUGGCCUUCUCUGUUGGCGCCAAUGACGUUGCCAACUCCUUCGGCACGGCCGUGGGCUCUGGCGUGGUCACUCUCAGGCAGGCCUGCAUCCUGGCCACCAUCUUCGAGACGCUGGGCUCUGUGCUCCUGGGCGCCAGCGUGAGCGAGACCAUACGGAAGGGCAUCAUCGACGUGAACGUCUACAACGGAUCGGAGCCGUUGAUGAUGGCGGGCUCCGUCAGCGCCAUGUUCGGGUCUGCUGUGUGGCAGCUGCUGGCUUCGUUUUUGAAGCUCCCCAUUUCGGGAACGCAUUGCAUUGUGGGAGCCACCAUUGGAUUUUCCCUGGUGGCGAGGGGCAUGAAUGGAGUCCGCUGGAAUCAGCUGAUCAAGAUCGUGGGUUCCUGGUUCCUCUCUCCAGUUUUGUCUGGCAUCAUGUCUGCUCUGGUCUUCGUACUCGUCCGUAUGCUCAUCCUGCGCAAGAAAGACCCUGUUCCCAGCGGCCUGAGGGCUUUGCCCAUCUUCUAUGCUGUGACCAUUGGAAUCAACCUCUUCUCCAUCUUGUUCUCUGCAAGUAUGUAUCACCUGCGGGGGGGGGGGCCCAGUUUGGGUUUGGGUUUGGAUAAACAGCCAGAGUUACUCAUUCUGUGCCUCCGUCACACACCCACAGGUGAAGUCCAGUCCAGCUCAUCUGAGAGCUCGUUGAUGGUGGAGAAGGACUGCCAGGGGCCGCUCCUGAAGACGGCUCCAGAGCAGAUCCAGGCAUUCGCGCCUGCCCCCCCGGCAGCCCCGUGUAAGGAGUUCAGCGUGACCUUUGACGUCGGCGAGGAGGACGGCGAGGAGCGAGAAGGCACCGCUGUCCCCAUUGACGGCCAGAACCGGGCCCACAUUCAGUUCAGCAACGGCCCGGCUCACAUUCCCAGCGUCGGCUACAGCCAGUACCACACGGUGCACAAGGACUCGGGCCUCUACAAGGACCUGCUGCACAAGCUGCACCUGGCCAAGGUGCGCGACUGCAUGGGGGAGCCGGGGGAGCGGCCCAUGCGGCGCAAUAACAGCUACACGGCCUACACCAUGGCCAUCUGCGGCCUGCACGCCGACUUCCGGCCAGGAGAGGGUGACGGCGCGGCCAGCCAGGACAGGAAGCGCGUGCGGAUGGACAGCUACACCAGCUACUGCAACGCGGUGGCCGAGAGCGGCUCCCCCGAGAUCGCCAGCGUGAGCGCCGAGGUGAGCGAGGAGGCCGUGCAGGUGGGCGAAGGCAGCACCGACGACGGCGCCAGCGGCAGCAGCCAAAGCUCCCUGGAGCGUAGCGGCACGGAGGCCGACAAGCCGGCGGUGUCGCUGCUCUUCCAGUUCCUGCAGAUCCUCACCGCCUGCUUCGGCUCCUUCGCCCAUGGUGGCAAUGAUGUCAGCAAUGCCAUCGGCCCACUGGUGGCACUGUGGCUAGUGUACCAGGACAACUCGGUGGAAUCCACCACCCCCACGCCCAUCUGGCUGCUGCUGUACGGGGGGGUCGGCAUCUGCAUAGGCCUCUGGGUGUGGGGCCGCAGGGUCAUCCAGACCAUGGGCAAAGACCUCACCCCUAUCACCCCCUCCAGCGGGUUCAGCAUCGAGCUGGCCUCCGCCCUCACCGUAGUGGUCGCUUCCAACGUCGGCCUGCCCAUCAGCACCACCCACUGCAAGGUGGGCUCUGUGGUGGCCGUCGGCUGGCUGCGAUCCCGCAGGGCUGUGGACUGGCGCCUCUUCCGCAACAUCUUCAUGGCCUGGUUUGUGACCGUCCCCAUCUCGGGCCUCAUCAGCGCUGCCAUCAUGGCCCUCUUCUGCUACGUCAUCCUGUGAGCAAGGGGGUGGAAGCACAGCCCGGCCCGGCCGUCUUUGACGUCCUGCGUUCCUGGCUGUGGUGCAGCAUCCGUGUGGCUCGAGCGAUUUCUGGCUCAGUCCUGCUGGGUGUCUCAUGUAAAUAGUAAAACCAAUGUUUUUGUUUUUUUUUUAACAUUUAUAUAAUUUUUACAUGUUUUAAUGCAGUAUUAAAUAUCUUACUCUUUGAACUUGCUAACGGCUAUGGUGUGUGGUAUUUUCAGGUGCUGGUGAGUUUUGUACCUGUGUAAAUGGCGUUCAGAUGUACGUUUGUUUUGUUUGCAACUGUAGCAUUAAACCGCGGGUUUUCCGCCGUACUCCA